GCGAGAUGCCAAAACAGCACCUAGCUGCCCACCACAAUGACCAGAAGGGCCCCAGUUCCUGGCUUCUCUGUGGCUCAGACUCUGGUCCUAUCGCCUACACUUGGGAACUCAGAGCAUCCUCUUUCUCUUUGCUGAGCUGGUGGCUGCACCGAGUUGCCUCUGUCUCUUUAAGAGAGAAAGAGAGCGAGAGACGGAAAUCAGGAAGUGUGAGAGAGCUGAGAGCCAGGACUCAGUGCUGAGCUUGGUGUCCCACCGCCACAAGGAGGCAGGGAAGAAACCCACUAGUCCCAGCUCCUGGGGUGGCACAGGCCAUUGCAACUGGCCCUGCCUGUGGGUCCUAAGGGCCCUUGGUCACCAGGAGGCUGAGAACACUGCUCAUGAAUGACAGCAAGCCCUGAAAGUUCUGGGAGUGCCACCCAGUCCCACAAACCUGCAUCCCCUGCAGUGGAGAUGGGCUCAGCUCCUGGACCUGCCACAGACAGAAAGCAUAACAUACGCUCACCAGGAAGAGCCUUUGCCUGACUCAGGGCAGCUCAGAGUGUGGGGCAGCAGGUGACCAGCCAGCUCAGGGCAGGAGAUGCAGAGCACAGCCAAUUACCUGUGGCACACAGAUGACCUGCUGGGGCAGGGGGCCACUGCCAGUGUGUACAAGGCCCGCAACAAGAAAUCCGGGGAGCUGGUUGCUGUGAAGGUCUUCAACACCACCAGCUACCUGCGGCCCCGUGAGGUGCAGGUGAGGGAGUUUGAGGUCCUGCGGAAGCUGAACCACCAGAACAUCAUCAAGCUCUUUGCGGUGGAGGAGACGGUGGACACUAGACUUUCCCUGGCCAGAGCCAGCUAGCGGCUUCCCUGUCUGUCCCCAGUGGCCGGCAUGAACCACCUGCGGGAGAACGGCAUCGUGCAUCGCGACAUCAAGCCCGGGAACAUCAUGCGCCUCGUCGGGGAGGAGGGGCAGAGCAUCUACAAGCUGACGGACUUCGGGGCUGCCCGGGAGCUGGAUGAUGACGAGAAGUUUGUCUCAGUCUACGGGACUGAGGAGUACCUGCACCCCGACAUGUAUGAGCGGGCGGUGCUUCGAAAGCCCCAGCAAAAAGCGUUCGGGGUGACUGUGGAUCUCUGGAGCAUUGGAGUGACCUUGUACCAUGCAGCCACCGGCAGCCUGCCCUUCAUCCCCUUUGGUGGGCCACGGCGGAACAAGGAGAUCAUGUACCGGAUCACCACGGAGAAGCCAGCUGGGGCCAUUGCAGGUGCCCAGAGGCGGGAGAAUGGGCCCCUGGAGUGGAGCUACACCCUCCCCAUCACCUGCCAGCUGUCACUGGGGCUGCAGAGCCAGCUGGUGCCCAUCCUGGCCAACAUCCUGGAGGUGGAGCAGGCCAAGUGCUGGGGCUUCGACCAGUUCUUUGCGGAGACCAGUGACAUCCUGCAGCGAGUUGUCAUCCAUGUCUUCUCCCUGUCCCAGGCAGUCCUGCACCACGUCUACAUCCAUGCCCACAACACGAUAGCCAUUUUCCAGGAGGCCGUGCAUAAGCAGACCAGUGUGGCCCCCCGACACCAGGAGUACCUCUUUGAGGGUCACCUCUGUGUCCUUGAGCCCAGCAUCUCAGCACAGCACAUCGCCCACACGACAGCAAGCAGCCCCCUGACCCUCUUCAGCACAGCCAUCCCCAAGGGGCUGGCCUUCAGGGACCCUGCUCUGGACGUCCCCAAGUUCGUCCCCAAAGUGGACCUGCAGGCGGAUUACAACACGGCCAAGGGUGUGUUGGGCGCUGGCUACCAGGCCCUGCGGCUGGCGCGGGUCCUGCUGGAUGGGCAGGAGCUAAUGUUACGGGGGCUGCACUGGGUCAUGGAGGUGCUCCAGGCCACAUGCAGACGGACUCUGGAGGUGGCGAGGACAUCCCUCCUCUACCUCAGCAGCAGCCUGGGGACCGAGAGGUCCAGCAGCGUGACUGGAAUGCCUGAGAUCCAGGAACUGAAGGUGGCCGCAGAACUGAGGUCCAGGCUGCGGACUCUAGCUGAGGUCCUCUCCAGAUGCUCCCAAAAUAUCACGGAGACCCAGGAGAGCCUGAGCAGCCUGAGCCAGGAGCUGGUGAAGAGCCGGGAUCAGGUACAUGAGGACAGAAGCAUCCAGCAGAUUCAGUGCUGUUUGGACAAGAUGAACUUCAUCUAUAAACAGUUCAAGAAGUCUAGGAUGAGGCCAGGACUUGGCUACAAUGAGGAACAGAUUCACAAGCUGGAUAAGAUGAAUUUCAGCCAUUUAGCCAAAAGGCUCCUGCAGGUGUUCCAGGAGGAGUGCGUGCAGAAGUAUCAAGCAUCCCUAGUCACGCACGGCAAGAGGAUGAGGGUGGUGCACGAGACCAGGAACCACCUGCGCCUGGUCGGCUGUUCUGUGGCCGCCUGUAACACAGAAGCCCAGGGGGUCCAGGAGAGUCUCAGCAAGAUCCUGGAAGAGCUAUCUCACCAGCUCCUUCAGGACCGAGCAAAGGGGGCUCAGGCCUCCCCGCCUCCCAUAGCUCCUUACCCCAGCCCUACACCAAAGGACCUGCUUCUCCACAUGCAAGAGCUCUGCGAGGGGAUGAAGCUGCUGGCGUCUGACCUCCUGGAUAACAACCGCAUCAUUGAACGGCUAAAUAGAGUCCCAGCAGCUCCUGAUGUCUGAGCUCCAUGGGGCGCGUGAGGCAUCCUGAAGCAUUAGAAUGAUUCCAACACUGCUCUCCUGCACCGUGAGACCAACCCAGGGCAAGAUCCCAUCCCAUCACAUCAGCCUACCUCCCUCCUGGCUGCUGGCCGGGAUGUCGCCAGCAUUACCUUCCACUGCCUUUCUCCUUGGGAAGCAGCACAGCUGAGCCUGGGCACCAGGCCACCUCUGUUGGGACCCACAGGAAAGAGCGUGGCAGCCACUGCCUGGGCUGACCUUUCCAUCUUCUCCAGGCUCAGGUACUGCUCCUCCGUGCCCCUGGCUGGGCCGUGGGGAGAAGAGGCUUCCAUAUGCCCUCUCACUCCCUCUGGUUUACAGGACUUCACUCCCUAGCCAACAGGAGAGGAGGCCUCCUGGGGUUUCCCCAGCGGACUAGGUCAAACGACCUCAUCACAGUCUUCCUUCCUCUUCAAGCAUUUCAUGUUGAACCCAGCUCUCUCUGCUCCCCUGUGACUUCUAAGGGCCACCACUCUCAGCCCCAGGCAACGUAGAGCCUCCUGUUCUUUCUAUGCUUGGUCUGACUGAGCCUAAAGUUGAGAAAAUGGGUAGCCAAGGCCAGUGCCAGUGUCUUGGGGCCCCUUUGCCUCUCCCUCACUCUCUGAGGCUCCGGCUGGUCCUGGGACAUGCAGCCAGGCCUGUGAGUCUGGGCAGGUCCAAGGCCUGCACCUUCAAGAAGCGGAAUAAAUGUGGCCUUCAUUUCUGUUU